AUGGCCGAAACUUCGAGUGAUUGCGGCCGAAAGAAAGCAAAAGUUGAUGGUUCUUUAGAUGGUUCUUCCGCUUCUUCGCGUAAAUUUGACGGUGCUGCGCGAUUCAAGUCAAAAUUUCAGCCAUCCUGGUCAAAAAAGUGGCCUUGUAUUAUUGCUGUUCCUCGUUCACCAACUGAGUUCAGGUGUAUGGUGUGCGACAAAGUUUGCAGCUGUGCUCAUCAAGGGGAAUCUGAUGUGACAAGACAUAUUCAAGGUGAAAAGCACCAGAAAAAUGUACGAGCUAGGACCAAUGCAGCGCCCGUUAAGUUCAUUUGGGUUUAUUUCUACCUCGGAUCCACUGAAAGAUAA